AUCAGAAAAACAGAACUUUUGAAUUCGUUAAUAUGGCCAGCGAUCAAGAUCAAUUUCAAUUGGCAUCUUCGCAGAUAAACCAAGAAGCAAGGCUGCCGAGGAAGUAUACUCAGGAAGGUCAGGGUGCAAAGAAGAACAUUUCUCCGCCGCUGGAAUGGUACAAUGUGCCGCAGGGUACCAAGUCUCUGGCCCUGGUGGUGGAGGAUAUUGAUGUGCCGGACCCCAGUCGCCCUAUCGUGCCAUGGACUCAUUGGGUUGUGGUCAACAUUCCUCCGACACUGAAGGGGCUGCCGGAGGGGUUUUCCGGGGAGGAAGAAGAGGUGGGUGGGGAUUAUGCUGGGAUUAAAGAAGGGAACAAUGACUGGAAGGUCCCAGGAUGGCGCGGGCCAAUGCUACCGUCCCAUGGCCACCGGUUCGUUUUCAAGCUCUAUGCUUUAGAUGAUGAGUUGCAUCUCGGUAACAAGGUGACUAAGGAGAAGGUGCUGGAAUCAAUUGAAGGGCAUGUACUAGCAGAUGCAGAGUUGCUGGCUAAUUUUUAAGUGAAAGUUUGCGUAACAUGUAUCAAGUUUAAUGUUCUUGAGUGUGAAAUAAUGCCUCGAUAUACAAUUUAAGUAUACACCACUGGUUUUUUUUUUCUCAAAGCAUUCAUCCUCGAUUCAAAUGUGAGAUUUUUCCACCAUGAAAGAUGAAACACCCAUUGCAAUUGAA